UUGUAGGCAGCUACUCAACAGGAAUGGACAAUACAACAGAAGGCACAUCAACGACAACAGCGACUGACCACAGAACAGGUAGGAUGACCACAGGAACCAGAGCAGUAAAUGGAUCAGACACACGUCCAGUCAUAGUUGGAUCGGGUGACAACAACAACAAAGGAGACGUAGACGCCCAUGGACCAGUUCCAAAAUCACAACUCCCUACCGCGGCCGUCCUGGGUGGAAUCGUCGCUCUGAUUGUGAUAUGUAUUGUGGUGGUACUUGUGUAUCGGAAAAAUAGUCAAAGGAAGUACAAACAAAGAACCAGGAGAUCGGAGGAGGAGGUGGGGUUUAUGGACGCGGACGUGGACAACAGGAGAAGCGACAUAGCAAUGCAGCUGUUACAGGUCAAUGACCCCUCCUUCUUCGAGAUAGAGGAGGCCACGCAGAACGCCAAAUUACAGGAACUACAGGGCCAGAACGACCUCAACCUCAUGGAGAUCAUUAACGGAACUGGGGUCAAAACGGACAAGGUCAAAGACGAGAAGCAAGGCCAAAGUGAAGGUCAAAAAAGUGCAAAAGCUGGUAGUAAAGUAAAAAAUAAUAAAGAAGCUAAAUCUUCUAAAUCAAGUAUCCCUGGCAGUUUGAUAGACGAAAAGAAACAUGCAAAUUCAUCUGAUAUAAGUGUUCCUGGUAGUCCUGGAAAGGAAAAAAAGACUGAACUACCAUCCAGCGGCAACGCUAGUUCUUCUAAAAAUGACAAAGCUGGAGGAUCAUCUCAGAUAUCUGCGACUGAAGCUGAGUCUGACAGUCAACGGAAAGCAAAAAGAGCUACUUCUUUGCAGUUGUCUAAUGUACGAAUUUCACAUGCCGAAAAAUAUAAACAACGCCAGAGUGAAAUAGUUGGGAAUUAUAACCUCAAAAGUGAAGCAAAAUUUGAUACACAAGAGCAGAAUUCAAGCAUGGAAAGCCGCGUAGAACAAAGACUGAAGCAGCGACAGUCUGCUAGGUCAAGUGGUGGUAGUCAUUCAGACAAAAGAACAAGUGAAAAAUUAAAUCAUAGUAAGGCAACACAUCCUCCGAUAGGGGGCGGUGUUGCGCCGGAAGUUGCUCAAACCGCCAGUGCCAGGAGCAGUAAACAUUCUUCCGGCGGAUAUGACGAAGCUUUAAAACAGCUGAAACAUGUUGACAGUGACCCUAAUUUAACUGAAGGUCACGGUACUAAAUGAAACAAUAUAAAGAAACCAUACUUAAUCAUUAUUUGGUAAAGUUUUAUAUUAGUUACAAUUAUCUAAUAAAUAUGCCAAGAGUUUGAAUGAA